GGUUACCAUAACCAUAACCAUUUAUUUCUAAAAAAAACUGGCAUCAAUUAAAAGCAGGGAAAUACUUUAUUGAGGUCGUAGCAUUUAAUUGCUUAUAUGCACAAAUAUAUUAAAGCAGCAAUAUAUUGGGACAGUAAGGGACAAUAGUGUCUCUGUCAUUGUCACUGUCAUUGUAGCACCUUCUAUUGCACUAUGUAACUUAGGUACAUCAUGCAGGACACAUGACCCUUUUCUCCACUUUUCAAUGCAAUGAGCCUGGGCCUCUUUCCUUAAGCAUUGUUUUUCAACUUGCAGGGUAUCACUAAAGUCUAUCAGGCUGCCUUGCACAUUGACAAAUUACUCUAAACGGGUACCCAGUAUGUUGAAAGAACACAUAGAACACAGAAUGUAUGUUGUAUUUGCUCUAGUGAGAGUCCUACUUUGGAAGCUAAAAUGGUUCUCACUCAGUAUGAUGCUAAUUUUAUAUUGUCAGGUCGCCUUGAGAGUACUGCAAAUAAAAUAAAAUGCCUCACCUUUUUGUCUGUGUAUAUAGGUUAACAUUGGAAAGAUGAUCUUUCCAUACAUACUCCUGUUACUGAUCUGUUACAUAUGCACAGAUGGAACACCACAUCAACCAGAUACCAGAGUAAUAGCUAAGACUGGAGAGAAUGUGACUCUCAGAUGUAAAAUAAAUUUAACAUUUGACAUUAAAACUAUUUUCUGGAUUAGGAUGAAGCAAUCAAAAGAGCUCCAAUACGUCCUAGGAACUUAUAGACAUUCAACAACGUUUGUACAAUAUGGUGGUUUCAGUGAACAACAAUUUAAAGCAAUAAAUGAAAAUGGAAAAUAUAAUUUGCAAAUUUACGAUUUACAAGAUUCAGAUUCAGGCAUUUAUUACUGUGGCUGUUGUUCAACACUUCUUGUGAAGUUUGGCAGUGGGACAUCUUUGAAUUAUGAAGAAAGUGAAUCAACCACCACCACAGCUUAUGAAAUAUCCCCUCAAAAAGAUACCCUGGUGGGUUAUGUGGUUGGGUUGGGAGUGGCAUUAAGUGUGUGUGUUGCUGUGAUGCCAUUCCUUAUUGCUUCUCGAUUGAGAAGACCUGUUUGUGAACACUGCAAAGAGAGAGCUCAAAAACAAAUGCACUGUAACAACUCUGUGGUGGAGGAAACUCGGGAGAGUGAUGCUGAGAGAAUGACCUACGCUGCUUUGGAUUUUUCAAAAAGAAAACCUAAGGGAAAAAAGAACAAGGAGUUGAAAUCAGAAGUUGUUUAUUCUGAUGUAAAAAGUGAAAGAAAGCAAAGACUGAAGACUGGUAACCCAUGUACUGAGACAUUCAUUCAUGAUGAAAUGUACUAUUCAUCUGUCACACACUGUGAGCUUCACUGUGAAACAUACAACAUUACCUGUGAGGUGCCUGAGGUAAAAAUGUUUAUUCUCAGUGUUUCUGUGUCCUUUUGGACUUUAAUAGUACAAACUAGUGGUGUUUCUCAACCUAUUCUAGAGGCCAACAUUGGAGCUAGUGUGACUCUGGAAUGUAUUGUCUCAGGAAAAGAUGGCCGUGAGCCCAUCACUUGGUUUAAGCAAAACAUUGGACAAUUACCACAGUUUGUUGGAACAAUUCAGUUAUUUAUGCCUAAACCCUUCCUUUACAAUGGAUUUAAUAAUUCACGUUUCAAUUUAAACAAAGGUUCUCGAUCUUUAGCUAUAGCAAACAUUCUGCCAUCUGAUGAAGGUUCUUAUUUCUGUGGUAAAAUAACUUCAUUUGAGAUCAAAUUUGGAAAUGCAACAUAUUUGAUUGUGAAAGGUAAAAAUCGGUUAAAAGAUCCCAUCACAGAAGUGAUCCAGGUUGCACUACCAGACCCAGUUCACCCAGGUGAUUCAGAGACACUGGAGUGUGUGGUGCUGGCUAACAGCACAACUGAAGAUCUCAGAGUGUUCUGGUUCAGACCCGCUUCAGGAGGUUCCCAUCCAGGGGUCAUUUACACCAACAAGAGCUGGACCGGGACGUGUGAGGGUCACUGUGUCUACAGUCUCCCAAAGAAGGACAUCAACAUCUCUGAUGCUGGAACAUACUACUGCGGCAUAGCCACAAGUGGACAAAUACUGUUUGGCAGUGGAACAGCACUUGUUUUGGCUGAACGAGUAAAUCCGAUGCUGGUGGGUUUGGCUGUAGCUUUGGGUUGCUGUGGUGCCGCUCAGACAUCUUGUCUAGUCUGGCUGAUAUGUAAGAUGAGAAACAAGCAGCAUAUUAGAGAUAGCAACUCUAACACUGGAACAAGAGACCAAACUGAGGCUGCUGAGGGCCUGAACUAUGCAGCGUUGAGCUUCUCUAAGAAGGAUCCCAGGGGCAGGAGAGCUAAGAGAGAGCUGCCACCAGACGCUGUUUAUUCUGCUGUCAAUCUCUGACCUCUCAGUCCUGCUCACCGUGUCAUACUCUAGCAGACAAUAUUUAUAGUAAUCAGUUUACGCUCAGCUUUGGUCAUACAUUAAACUAUUAUAAAUAGG